CACACGGGAAGGCCGAGGGCGGAACCCAACGAGCUAACCGGUUGACUAAUGCGCCACCCGCCAUUUUUGUUUGGGGCGUUUUUCUUUCUUUUUACGCAGGGCGCUUGUGUCCGUAGUACGAGAGAAACCGUUAGAAAACGAGAAGGGGAAAAAAAAAUUACACGAAGAAAAAGGUCAUUUCAGAAAGGCAGUUGUAAUGUUCACAGGGUCAAAGUUACAAGCAGCAAAAGCAUUGCAAAGAAGUCAAAACGCUACACGAGUAACGUCAAGCCGCACGAAUGGAGUUUGAACGACGAGGGGGGCCGUUGCUGGCCGCAGAGGAGAAAAUAUUUUGGUUUGUUUUCAACUAAAAUGGCCGCUUCCCUGCUCUCCGUCUCGAAAAUUAGUUUUUUUUCCAACCUGGCAAAGAUGAUCAAAACCUCCCCAUCCCUCCUCUUGGUGCUGGUCGCCGCCGCCGCCUUGACUUUGGGCAAAUACGCGCCAAAGACGGGCAAGAGGAUCCCUCAAACUCUGUCCAGAGGAUGGGGCGAUCAGCUGAUCUGGGCUCAGACGUACGAGGAGGCGCUCUACUGGGCCAGGUCCAGGAACAAGCCCUUGAUGGUUCUCUUCCACCUGAAGGACUGCCCGCACAGCCAGGCACUGAAGAAAGUGUUUGCCGAGGACGACGAGCUCCAGAAAGUCCUCGAUGAGGACUUUGUCGCGCUCAACCUCAUGUACGAAACCACCGACAAACAUCUGUCCCCGGACGGCCAGUAUGUUCCCAGAAUCCUUUUUGUCGACCCGUCGAUGACCGUGAGAGCCGAUGUCACCGGUCGCUAUGCCAACCGCAUGUAUGCCUACGAACCGAAUGACAUCAACCUACUGAAAAGCAACAUGAAGAAGGCCAAGAAACUCCUCAAGUCCGAGCUUUGAGACGCAACCGUGGCUCCGGCCGACGAGUGGAAACAAGUCCUUCGCUCCGAAGCUCUCCUCGCUUCCGCCCGCUUAUCCAUGUCGCCUUUGCAAAUAAAUUGGAAAA